AUGUCCAUUCAGCCAUAUCAGCUUGAACCUGAACAUUCUUCCAGUGAGCAAGGAGAGGAAGAACAGAUUGAUUCAGGGGAGGAGGAAGUCUCUUCUUUAGAUUAUUCGAGACUUGAAAGUCGCUGGACAGACCUGUCCUGGUGUGAAUGUGAGAGGUAUUGUGUGAUGCCAAGUGAAGUUGAAUGUGUCUGCUGCAAAGAACUUCCUUUUUUGUCACAACUGGUGGAAGGUUUGUUGAUCCCGAUAAAAUAUAUUUAUUUAAUCUCACUUUUUGUUUUCCAAAGGGGUGCCAGGAACAGUAUAAAAAUUUAUGAUCCGAAUUAAUUGUAUUCUUGGCGGGUUCCCGGCCCAUAGUCUCAUAGUUGUUUGCGUCCAUCCCUAAAUCUCUCGACCGAUUUAUCGCUCAUUUCUGAAUUAAAUGUACUUGUUUACUAUCGCAAAUCGUCGGAGAAACAAAUCUCUAGUCGAAAUUCGACACAGUUACUCGGACACGAUUGAGAUUUUUAACUAUAAAAUGUAAUCUUUUUUUGUUUACAUAUUUAGAAGGCUACAGAUCAAAAUUUUUGAUCUGUUAUGGAAUAUUCCUUAAACAACAAAAGGCAGGACAUACAUAGCUUGAACUGAAUGAAGUUUUGUUUCUAAUGUUCUAGGCUUGACAUUUAUCACUCAACAUGAAAGCUUUUAAGCUGUUUGUUUAAACGAAGAUGUGUUGUGGACAGCGCUAGCAAGUCUGCAUGACAGGGAAAGUGCUGGUCUUACAGACAGAUGA